AUGAGACCUCUGCAAAAUGCGGAUGUAAAGAUUUGCUGCGCACCUGGCAGCCCACAGCAAUGGAGGUUUCCAUGGGGCUACCAAGUAGCGAUUCUGCUUCUACUGGCCGGCUGUGAUGGCAAGCCAGUUCAUCUUCCGCUUGCUAGAAGGCCGGGCAUCGGAGCAGGUCAGCAGCGGCGUCUAAGCACAGAUGAGGCGCGCCUCUAUGGAGACACGAGUGAACUCAUGGCAUAUCAUGCCGACAUCGAGGUCGGGACACCUGGCCAGCUAUUAUCAGUCAUCGUCGACACUGGCUCAUCACGGACAGCGUUUCCGUGCAGUGAUUGCGAAAACUGUGGCUCACAUAUGGACCCACCCUUCAGUCCGAGUGCCUCAAGCACGUUUCGAUGGGUUGGAUGCGCGGAAAGUGGCUGUUCUUCGUGCCUCAACAACAGCUGCAGCUAUACCGCCAAGUAUGUCGAAGGCUCCAGCAUCGAAGGCAAGUAUUUCAAAGACGUUCUUCACCUCGGCGUCUCGGAGAGAGAAAAUGACAAGAGUGUGGUCCGCAUGGGGUGCCACACAAGGGAAACUGGCCUCUUCAAGACGCAGGUGCCGUCUGGCAUCAUGGGCCUCAGAGACGGUGAUUGGAACGUACUAUCGCAGCUCGCAGACGGUCACGUGCACAAGAAGCUGUUUGCCUUAUGCCUUGCAGAGCAUGGAGGCUCCUUUUCCAUGGGCGAAGUGAACAGCACGUGGAUGCCAACCACAGGCCCCUGGCAAUGGGUGCCCUACACCAAGGCCUACUAUGUCGACAUGGAUUCGGUCACCAUGGCGGGACAUAACAUUUUCAACGAGCCCUUGGGGAGCUUCUUGGUGGACUCCGGGACUACGUACACCUAUUUUACAUCUCGGCAGGCCCUGGCCCUCGAGAACCAGAUCCGUGACUUCUGCAAAGCCGGGGCCUGCGGCAGCGCGAAGAUGCCGACGCGGUCGUGCUACGAGGCCAGUGACGACGACUUGGACAAGUUCCCGGACCUUCACUUGAGUUUCGGAAGUGCCAACUACACCUGGCCAGCUCGUGGGUAUCUCUACCGCCGAUCGGGCAACUGGUGGUGCUACUCCUUCUUCGGCAUGCCCCCGCUUACUUUGGGUGCAUCCUUCAUGAGGAAUCAUGCGAUAGUUUUCGACCAGGAUGCCAAGAGGAUAGGCUUUGCCACGUCAGCCUGCCCAGAGUUUGUCACGCGCGCAGAGCCGGAAGCUCGAGCCUCCGUGGGCGUCACGAAGCACGGGCCAUCCACCAGUUUCUUGGGGCAGUUGAAUUCUGCUCACCAGCACGCAGCCAGCUUACUUGUCGUGCUAGGGGCCUUAAUUUCCUCUCUGGCCCAAGUUGCAUAA